UCUCGUACAAUGUACGAAGAAUGCGCGAGCUUUUCAUUUAUUACAUAACACUUCGCGUUGCACAAUGACGAUUCGUCCUUAAGAUUACGGCACGAAAAAAUGGGGAGAAGCUUUCUCAACGAGUUCGCCGUAUCGGCACGCUCGCGUGAUUCGUAACGUUUGGAAAGUUACUCGAUAUCUUGAUUAUCAUUUUAUGGCCGACGGUAGACUAUCGGUGGACUCCGCACGGCACGUCGAUCGUUCUGAGGUCGGGGCGCGGAAUUGAACGAUUAAUUGAACUAUUAAGAAUGCCGAUCGAUAUUCCUGCGUUCGCCUAUGCCGCCGCGGUGGCCGGCGGUGGGAUAUUAGGUUACGUGAAAUCCAAUUCUAUCCCUUCCCUGGGGGCUGGUCUACUGUUUGGAUCUAUCUUGGGCUACGGGGCUUAUCAGACUUCGCAGGAUCCCACUAAUGUUGCAGUUUUCCUGGGAACCAGUACAGCUCUAGGAGGUCUGAUGGGAUAUCGGUAUUACAAUUCGGGCAAGAUAAUGCCAGCCGGCAUCAUUGCCAUGCUAAGCGCCGUUAUGAUCGUAAGGACAGUCACACGAUACUUCUCGCCACCAUUGAAGACAGAGUGACGAGUUGAUUACUUGAAUGUUAAAAGUACUG